CGGAGUUCUGAUAUAUCCGCCUUCCUUCAGAAACGACAAUGCAAGACCGGCGAAAAAAUUCGACGGCACAAGACAAGAAUUAGCAAAAGCAGCCGCCAGGUAAUCGAAGAAACCAAAGCUAUGUAAAUGGAGGCGGUAACCGACGAUAGAGUGAUCAAACUGUGUUUUUAAUGGAGUCGUCGUGCAAACGUUUUGAUUGCAUCGGUUGAUUCCUCGAGGGAGGGAAAUCAGUUCCAAUGCAAUCAGUAUCUUCGUCUUUUGCGGCUCGCUUCCACGAAAACGGAGAUGUGGAGGACUCGAGAUGGAGCGAUCAUGCCUCCGGCGACUCAGACGAUGAUUCCGAAGUUCGAUCCAUGACUGCCAAGGGCAUUAGUUACCUGUGUUCGGAACUCUUGGAGCUGAAGGCUGAAUCCAAUGGAGAUUUUCAUAGAAUUAUUAUUUCUAGUUGCAUUUCCUUCUCAAGAGCAUUUGAAAAGGUAAAGGCAAUGCAACAGGGUUUGAUGGAUCUAAAAAGCAACAUCUCUACUCAAACAAAGCUUGUGAAAGACGUAUUGGAUGGCAUGGAUCUUGACAUGGAGUCGGAUGGGACGGUGGAUUCAACUCUUCAAGCAUCCGAAUACAGUGGAAUAUCUUGCUUGAUCGAAUUGGAGGCUCACAUUUACGAGGUCUCAAACACCUUGGAUACCCUCAUUUGUGCAAACAAGAUAAAUGAAGCUUUGGAGAUUGUCAAAUUAGAGGAUGAAAAUCUGCAGAGGCUGAAAGUUGAAGAAGAACAUCACUCGUUUGACUUAAUAAUGUUGUAUGAUUGUGUGAUUUCUGACAAAAAGGCCAAGAUUAUGCUGCGAUUGGCACAGAAAACGCCUGCAGGAGCAGGGACUGAUCCAACCACGGAGCGCCCACCUUCAGUAAAUUCUCCUAAAACGCACCAGGUACCUCAACAACUUAUGAAUUGUUAGUUGAGAUUUAGAAUUUGAUUCAUAUUUGAUCUGUAUAUCUGUUUAUCCAGAGUUUGUUUAUUCGUUAAGUUCGCUUAUACUCAGCCGGUUGUAUUAUGAUCAUGUCGGUCUACUAAUUAGAUAAUAACAUAAAUUUUAUACGUUUGAGUUUA